AUGAAGGAAGUUCAGAUGGAUGAAUCAAGUAGUAGGCCUGUUCACUUCAUGCAGCAGAUUGUCACGCCUCAUGCCGCGCCGCUAGACCUGCCACGCCACGAGAGACCUAACAGGCUGACAAAGAAGGAGGUAGAGGUUGUCACGCCGGGGACCACGCCACGCCGCGGAGCUUCCAAGUCGCCACGCCGUGAUGCUUCUCGCGAUGGACGUAACAGACAGAUAGAGAAGGUCGAGGAAAAGAUCUUUCACGCUGUGGAACACGCCGCGCCGCGCCACACCACCAUGCCGCCCGCCAUUAAGGAAGACCCAGAUAGCCGGCAUCCUCUCGUCGUCAACCCUUUUCAUUCGCUCUUCUGUGAAUACGCACGCAGAGGGAGGGAAGAAGGGCUGUCGACUAUAUUGGAAGAGGUGCGAGUGCGGCUAUUGGGAGGUUGGGUGACAGAUAUGGAAAUCGGGGAAGGAAACGGCGUCGUUUCUGGAUCGGGGUCUCACGGGAAGGUUCUUUCCGGUGAUGUCACCGUUGAAAUUCCGGAGACAGCCCAUCAGAUUAGUCAUGAUUCGUGGUUUCAAGUGGCAUUUGUUCUCACAACUGGGAUCAAUAGUGCCUAUGUGCUGGGGUAUUCGGGUACUAUCAUGGUUCCAUUGGGCUGGAUUGGUGGUGUGGUGGGACUAAUUCUAGCAACUAUGAUAUCCUUAUAUGCAAAUUCUCUAGUUGCUAAGCUUCAUGAGUUUGGGGGAAAGCGGCAUAUCAGAUACAGGGACCUUGCUGGAUUCAUAUAUGGUGAUAAAGCUUAUUAUCUUACAUGGGCCCUCCAGUACGCUAAUCUUUUUAUGAUCAAUGUUGGAUAUAUUAUUUUAGCUGGAAGUGCACUUAAGGCUACCUAUGUCCUUUUCAGAGAUGAUGAUAUCAUGAAGCUUCCUUACUUUAUAGCCAUAGCCGGGUUGGCUUGUGGCCUAUUUGCCAUUGCCACACCUCAUUUGUCUGCACUGCGUGUUUGGUUGGGAUUUUCAACAUUAUGUAGUCUGAUUUACAUUGUUGUGGGAUUUGCUCUGGCUCUUAAAGAUGGUAUUGAAGCUCCUCCAAGAGAUUACACCAUUCAAGGAACGUCGGGAAGCAAGAUUUUUACGACUAUUGGAGCUGCAGCUAAUCUUGUUUUUGCCUUCAAUACCGGAAUGCUUCCGGAAAUACAAGCAACAGUUAGACAACCAGUUGUUAAGAACAUGAUGAAGGCUCUGUACUUCCAGUUCACUGUCGGAGUUUUGCCAAUGUAUGCUGUUACAUUUGUUGGAUAUUGGGCUUAUGGAUCGAGCACAUCGGCCUACCUGCUGAAUAAUGUUAAUGGCCCGGUCUGGUUGAAGACGCUAGCUAAUGUUUCGGCUUUCUUGCAAACAGUUGUAGCUCUGCACAUCUUUGCAAGCCCGAUGUACGAGUACCUAGACACCAAAUAUGGAAUUAAAGGAAGUGGUUUAGCCAUACGCAACCUGUCCUUCAGACUAGUUGUGAGAGGGGGCUAUUUAGCCCUAACAACGUUUGUAUCAGCCCUUUUGCCGUUUUUGGGUGAUUUCAUGAGCCUAACGGGUGCGGUCAGCACAUUCCCUCUCACCUUCAUCCUUGCCAACCACAUGUACCUCGUGGCCAAGAACCACAACCUCACUCCCUUCAAUAAGAGUUGGCAUUGGAUUAACGUUGUUUUAUUCAGCUGCCUUUCACUCGCGGCCAUGGUUGCUGCCUUUAGGUUGAUUGUCGUUGAUUCCAACCCCGAAACUCCGUUUGAGAAUCUCCGGCAAAGCUUCGCUCACCAUUCUUUUCGGCGAAGCACUCCAGUGAGGCUUUCUCCUGCUGCCGUCAACCGCUGUAAGUCUCAGUCAGGCCUGGAAAACGUUCGCGGGCAACCCUCAGCCCGUCCAAGAGAGCACAGUGGCAGUCCCGUCGAGCUUUCGAAGUUCUGA